AUGCCUGCCUUCAACAGAUUGUUUCCCCUGGCUUCCCUCGUGCUCAUCUUCUGGGUCAGCGUCUGCGUCCCUGUGUGUGUGGAAGUACCCUCGGAGACAGAGGCCGUUCAGGGCAACCCCAUGAAGCUGCGCUGCAUUUCCUGCAUGAAGAGGGAGGAGGUGGAGGCCACCACGGUGGUGGAGUGGUUCUACAGGCCCGAGGGCGGUAAAGAUUUCCUUAUCUAUGAGUAUCGGAACGGCCAGCAGGAGGUGGAGAGCCCUUUCCAGGGACGCCUGCAAUGGAAUGGGAGCAAAGACUUGCAGGAUGUGUCCAUCACUGUGCUUAACGUCACUCUGAAUGACUCCGGCCUCUACACCUGCAACGUGUCCCGGGAAUUUGCUUUUGAGGCACACCGCCCCUUUGUGAAGACUACACGGCUGAUACCCCUCCGAGUCACCGAGGAGGCUGGAGAGGACUUCACCUCUGUGGUCUCAGAGAUCAUGAUGUACAUCCUCCUGGUCUUCCUCACCUUGUGGCUGCUCAUUGAGAUGAUAUAUUGCUACAGGAAGGUCUCAAAGGCUGAAGAGGCAGCCCAAGAAAAUGCGUCUGACUACCUUGCCAUCCCGUCCGAGAACAAAGAGAGCUCAGCGGUGCCAGUGGAGGAAUAG